AUGGCAAAGGAGGGAAAAGAAGUCGUCAGAAGCAGUGAGAAGGCAAAGGAGGGAAAAGAAGUCGUCGGUAGCAAUGAGAAGGCAGGGAAGAAAGGAAAAGAAGUGGUCGGCAACAGUGUUGACAUCAUGAAGGUGGGUAAAAGAAAAUGGUUUGAAAAAGGAGAAACUAGUGGUGUUAAAAAGAAAAAAUGGGACUCAAAGAUGAAUGAAGGAAAAUCUGAGAGUGAGUUGAGGAAGACUGAAAGAAAUAGAAGGAAGAGAGAAAAAAGGAAUAAAGCCCUGAAAAUGAAGAAAAAAGAAGUCAGUAGCAGCACUGUUGACAUUAUGGGGCAGAAAGCAAAGUUGUUUGAAAAGGGAGAAACCUCAAAAAUAGGUGCUGCAGGUAAAACUGAGAGAGAGUUGAGAAGGGCAGAUAGAAAUAGAAGGAAGAAAGAAAGAAGGAACAAACCCUUGAAAUUGGAUCUGGAGCGAAAUUCUGACAAACUAUAUAAAAUGUCGCGUAGCAUAGAAAGAGAAACAUGCGAGAACAAAGGUAAACAUAAGCUGAUAUUCGAGGACAACGAAGAUGAAUGUAGAACGAAGAAAAAGCGCUAUAGAAAGAACAAAAAGAACUGUGGUGUUCAGAAAAGGGAGGAAGAAAGGAAAAGUAGGAAGGAUUGA